UCCCCCUCCCAAGCAGUUAUACAGCUAUGUGCACCUGCAGCAGAAAAUCAGCUGAUUGGACAAAGUCUGGAAAAUGCUCCAGUUACAUGAUUCACUUCCCAGGCAGUGUGUUCUCAUCAUUUUCUGUUUGAUAGCAGAGCAGCAGCGAUGAAGGGGUCUGUGCCGGGACUGGAUAAAUCCUCUGUGAAUCCGUGUAGGCUUCAUGCACUGCAGAAACAUACCAGCCUCCACUGAACAUGAGUCUGGCUGCUCAUGUCAGCUGUUCCAUGCUGAAUUGCUUUGGUGAAGAAGGGCCACCCAGUUUGGAGUACAUCCAGGCCAAAGAUUUAUUUCCACGGAAGGAUCUGGUGAAGGAAGACGAGGACUUGCAGAUUCCUUUUCCAGUACUCCAGGGUGAAGGUGUGGAAUACCUGGGCCGUGCAGAUGAUGCUAUAAUUGCUAUUUCCAAUUACAGACUGCACAUUAAAUAUCAGGACUCUUUAAUCAAUACCUUUCUGCAGGGUGUGGACGGUGACAUCUCAGUGCCUGUGCGGUUAAUUGAAGCUGUUGAGAGCCGGGACAUGUUCCAGCUUCAUAUCGUCUGUAAAGAUUCUAAGGUGGUCAGAUGUCAUUUUUCUACAUUUAAGCAGUGCCAGGAAUGGCUGAAGAGAUUAAACAAAGUAAUUGCUCACCCGACCAGAUUGGAGGAUUUGUUUACUUUUGCAUAUCAUGCUUGGUGCUUGGGAAUCUGUACUGACGAGGAAGAAACACAUGUGCAUCUCUGUCAUCCUGGAGAGCAUGUCUGUCACCGGUUUGAGAUGGAAGUGGAGAGAAUGCGUUUUGAUCUGCAAAAUGUUUGGAGAGUCAGUGAAGUCAACUGCAAUUACAAGUUAUGUGCAAGUUACCCUCAAAAAUUCCUCGUUCCAGUGUGGAUCACAGAUAAGGAACUUGAGAGUGUUGGAACCUUCAGGUCUUGGAAAAGGAUUCCUGUGGUUGUUUACAGACAUCUGCGGAAUGGGGCUGUGAUAUCACGCUGCAGUCAGCCAGAAAUUAGUUGGUGGGGUUGGAGAAACGCAGACGAUGAAUAUCUGGUAACUUCCAUUGCAAAAGCCUGCAUUUUGGAUCGAGGAACAAAGAUGAGUGGAAAGGGCAAGAAUGAGGGAACUGAUCUGUCUGAUGCAGAAUUUGAUUCAUCCAUUACAGGGUCAGUGGCAGAGAGUGGAGGAACACCGCAGAAGUUACUUAUUUUGGAUGCAAGGUCAUACACUGCAGCUGUAGCCAACCGUGCAAAGGGUGGAGGUUGUGAGUGUGAAGAAUAUUAUCCAAACUGUGAAGUGAUGUUCAUGGGAAUGGCAAAUAUUCAUUCAAUCAGGAAUAGUUUCCACUCACUCCGAGCUGUAUGCAGUCAAAUGCCAGACCCUGGAAACUGGCUUUCAGCGAUGGAGAACACCAAGUGGUUACAACAUUUAUCUGUGAUGCUGAAAGCAGCUGUGUUGGUGGCAAAUAUGGUGGAUCGGGAAGGAAGACCAGUCCUUGUGCACUGCUCUGAUGGCUGGGAUCGCACUCCACAAAUAGUAGCAUUGGCCAAGAUUCUCUUGGAUCCUUAUUAUAGGACAAUUGAGGGAUUCCAGGUUCUGGUGGAAACUGAGUGGCUGGAUUUUGGUCACAAGUUUGGUGAUCGUUGUGGUCAUUCUGAAAAUCAGGAUGACCUGAGUGAGCAGUGUCCAGUAUUUCUGCAAUGGUUGGACUGUGUUCAUCAGCUUUUGAAGCAGUUUCCAUGUCUCUUUGAGUUCAGCGAUGCAUUCCUAGUGAAGCUGGUUCAACAUACCUAUUCAUGUCUGUAUGGAACAUUCCUCUGUAACAACAGCAGAGAGCGAGAGGCACGUAACAUCUAUAAGCGUACAUGCUCAGUGUGGUCCUUACUGCGAACUGGCAACAAAAACUUCCAGAACUACCUGUAUAUCCCCAGCACGGAAACGGUUUUACAUCCAGUAUAUCAUGUUCGGGCACUUCACUUGUGGACAGCUGUUUAUCUGCCCAUUUCAUCUCCAUGCACACCCAUUGACAGUGCUGACCUCUGCCUUUCCCGUGGUAGAGCAGCAGAGGAUCGAGCUGGGAAAUCACUGGACAGAUUACCAAAAGCACGUUCUGUGGACAAUCUUCCCUUGGCCUGCGAGAGUGGAGCUCCACUUGCAAGAACAUCCAGUGAUCCUAAUAUAAACCAGCAUUGUCAGGAAGAACGUAAUUCUCCAGAACCCAGAAACACACCUGUGUUUGUUGUACCUGAUGUGCCUGAUGUAACUCGUGAGCUUGAAGUUGGGGCUGGAACAUCUCUCUCGGAAAUGAAAUCAGAUGGUCUGAUGGAUCCAGUGGAAACUGCAAAGGAAGUUAGAGAAGAAAAUCUGGAUAAUGACCUACCUCUUAAUACUGAAGAGGCAGAAUCGGCAGAUGUCCAAAAUCAAACUGAGAAAACAGUUUGUGGUAGUAACCUCAAUUCAUUGACCUAUCCCAAAGAUGCUCUACAAGAGAAGCCUUCAAAUAAUGUUCACCCUCAUGCAACUGCAAACAGUGAGAUGGAGGUAAACGAACUUGGAAUUACUCCAAAAAUUGAAUUUACAGAGGAAAACGUGAAAGAACAUAGGAUUUGUGAGAAUUGUCCUGGCCAGUUUGAACAAAAUGUACCAAACCCAUCUGCAAAGACCAUUCCCUUAAGUGCUGAGCAGUCACCAGAAUAUACUGGCAGCCCUUCUGCUUUCCAACCCUACCUUCAUUCCAUGGCAGAUAUAUUUAACGUCAAGGAAACAAUUUUGGCGAUGAGCAGCUCCACAGAGACGGUGACUGAAGAGAGGACAAAAACAGAUGGCUUAUCCCUACCUAAGGACUUGAGUUUUGGGAAAAACAAUAUACUUGUAAAUAGACUUAAUUCUGAAGUGGAACAGUACAGGGUUGGCCGAACUGGAUCGGAGAGUGUGCGAACUUUCAGAAAGCAUGUUUGUCACAGUCAGUUCAGUGACUUUUCAUUGCUCAACUCAAAUUGGGAUAGCAUACAGGGCUUGGUAAAAUCAGCCUACAGUGGUGAUUCAAACCAUAGGAGAUCCAGACUGAAUGGUUGUCAUUAUAAAAGACUAAAUAAUAAGCACCUGAAGGUGGGGUCUGCAGUGAAUGGACAGUACCUGCUCAAGGAGGAACAAGUAGGACCAUUUAAAAAUCUCCGACAGUCCAACCAAAUCCACUCUAGCCUUUAUUCAUUAGGGUCAAAUAUAAAGACUUGUGGUUUUCUCACUCAUUCAUCACAUUGGAGACAGCCUCAACCGGUUCGUCAUACUGUCACUACUACGUUGGAGACUUCUCCAAGCUACGUCGAUGACGAUGGAUUGCCAUUUCCCGUGGACGCCGUUCAGCAGCGGUUGCGUCAGAUUGAGGCAACAUACAAGCAGGAGGUUGAGUUGCUUCGCCGGCAGGUUCACGAACUUCAGAUGAGAUUAGACAGUCAACAGUACUGUACCUCUCCUGCGGAGAUUGACAUUGAUUAUGGGGAUGACUUUACAUGUCUGAGAGAAUCGGAUGACAGUGAUAUUGAAGAAUCUCUCUCCAUCCACAGCGAUGACCAGCGUUCGGAAGCAAGUUGGGAACCUGUGGAUCGGAAGGAGACUGAGGUCACUCGAUGGGUUCCUGAUCAUAUGGCGUCCCACUGUUUUAACUGUGAUUCGGAAUUCUGGUUAGCCAAAAGGAGACAUCAUUGCAGGAACUGUGGAAAUGUGUUUUGUGCCAACUGUUGCCACCUGAAACUGCCCAUUCCAGAUCAGCAGCUAUAUGACCCUGUGCUGGUGUGUAACUCCUGCUAUGAUCAUGUUCAAGCUUGCCGCACACGGGAGAUCAUGAGUCAGCAGCUGAAGAAGCCGAUUGCGACUGCAUCCAGUUAAAGUGGCAUUCUGCCUUCCCUGAUUUGUGCCGUAAAGCUUCUGUCAUCCAGGAAGCUUGACGUUUGGUCAGCUGGGUCCCGCAGAAACAAACAACACUGCAAAUCCCAGCUGGAUAGCUGUUUGGAAGAUCGAAAAUACCGAUGUAAAAAAAAAUGCUGCUACAACAAGCUCUUAACCUGUGCACUAUGAACUUUGGAUGUGGAAGGGUAGUAGGCAGGGAAAAGAAACAAAUACAUUUCUAACUGAUGUGCUAUUGAGGAUUGAAAAAAAUGUCUAAUUCAUGUGUAAAGAGUUUGUGAGAUAUAAAGUGGAGACUGUGUGGUGUUCUGUUUCCCAAUUGCUUACACAGCUAUUGCAACAGCGAGCUACUUCUGUGCCUCAGUAAAAACACGAUAGUUAGAAUUGUGCAAAAACUAAUUGUACAACAUAAGGUACAUACAUUUCAUCAGCCUUUCAACUUGCAUUCAACUGAGGUACUGUGGCUGUUGUUGAAGUGACAGACCCAAAAUCUCAUUCCUCCCAGUUACUUUCGUGUUGCACAGAUACCAUUUUUCCAAUCUUUUUUAUUUAAUACUUUUGGAGAAAAAAAAUGAUGAAAGGCAAGUGAUAAAAUGUGUGAUGCUUCUGGGGAAAGGGGGGCUGAACAUUAAUAUUCUACCAGUUAGUCCCAUCGAUCUUGUGUUGGGGUACAAGGUAUUCCUCCACAGUUUAUUAAUUCAUGCACUUUCCUAUUUCCCCCUUUCUCUUGUAUUAGAUAACAAGAUUUUUUUUUCUAAGAACUGGAAACAUUUACGUCUGGAAUAAAAUCAUUUUCAAUGACUGACCACACCAUCAACUGCCUUUUCAUCAUCUCCCUUCAACAUCAAGGAUACCUGUAAUAUUGUUUUUUCACCCCCGUCCCCCCCCCCCCCCCCCCCCCCGCCCCACAUUUCAUCCCUGGUAUAAGUUACACAUUUGAUCAUCUUGGGUGUGGAAGUUUAGCCUAACUUUCCACCUUUUGGCACAUGAGAGCUCUGUAUGCAAAUUACACAUAGACAGGACCCAUGGAAUUCUAAUGUGGGGCUAUUGAUCAUUUGUAUAAAGGGGAAGAUACGUUGGUUUUCUUGCUUCACUGUGCCUUUCUUCUAGCUCUCUUUGGUCACUCAUAUUGGGUUACACCCUUCAAUUUUCUCCCUGUGCUCAUGUGAGUUCUGAAUGGUUAGGUUUCUGUAGCACUCCAAAGUCUAUGUUUGUUGGAUGGGGUCUGCCAAGACUAUCCUUAAUGCAGAGGAGAAUGUUAUUGAGGUUCUUCUUGGUUUGUCCCUCGGAUCAAGGAUAACUCGUCUAUAUCCUGGUUUUGUAGGUUCUCAUGUGGUUAAUGAGGCCAAUGUGGAACUGUAGACUAUUCCACAGAUGGGGCAGGUGGGUGUGAAGUUGGGUGGUGCCUUCCGAAUGCUGCUUCUACAGGGCUUGUCAAUGCAAUCCCUGAUGCACCUAACCACUUGAUCUAUUUGGGCCAGGAGAUUCCUAUGCGUCAGAUGUAUUUUGCAACAGGGUCUUGAAUAAGAUCAGUUUCUGAAGGAAUAUUGUAGGUGCCAAUAAUCUGUAGGCCUUUGCAGUUUAUUUUCAUACAGCAUGCACAAAUUGAAAAGAUGUUUGUGACUUUAAAUAUAUGUCUGUAAAACACCCAUGAUUAAGAAAGUGCAAAUGAAGAUGUGUGAUCAACACCUUACUCAAUUCACAUUAAAAUCAAAAAGCUGAGAAAUUUUAAUAGAUUGAUAAGGGAGUUCCUGAUCAAUGCUUUAUUUUUGUAUUGACCCUCAAUAGUGUCUCUUUUCCGCUUGUCUAGCAGACUCCAUCUGUUUUAAUUUCCCAAAUGAAAUAUAAAAUUUCAUUUUACAAGUUAAAAUUGGGAAGGAAUCUUGCUGCUGAUAAUAAAACUCUGUAGCAGAUUUCA